CUCUAUAUACCUUGUCUCUAUAUAUACUUUGUUCAGUGUAAUUCAAAUAUAUAAUCAUUGAAAAUUAUUUUCUUUAUAUUCUACCCAUAAUUAAAACCCUAGAGUACUUGUGUUAUUUUCUUCUCGAGUUUUAACGUGGUAUAUGUAUUAGAUAGGUGAUAUGAUGAUUUUCAGAUGGGCAAUGUUGUUGGUACUUUUAAUGAUUGAUCAAGGUACGUGCAACAGUUCUGGCAUGAGUAGCACAUCAACAAAGUUGCAUAAUUUUGUCAUUCACAGUUCAUACCGGAGAUUUUUGCUCUCUAAUGGCCUUGCUCUCACUCCUCCCAUGGGAUGGAAUAGUUGGAAUCGCUUUGGCUGCAAUGUCACAGAAAAGAUUGUCAAAGAAACUGAUCCAGACAUGCUUGAGGUGGGGAAUGGAGGGAUGUCCAAACACGAAUACAUAGUCCACUUUAGCAUUUGGGCCAUUUCCAAGGCACCACUACUUAUUGGGUGUGAUGUAAGAAAUAUGACAAAGGAAACAAUGGAAAUCAUUGGUAAUAAAGAAGUCAUAGCAGUAAACCAAGAUCCUCUUGGUAUUCAAGCAAAAAAGGUCAGGAUGGAAGGUGAUUUGGAGGUAUGGUCAGGGCCUCUGACCAAUUACAGGGUCGCGCUACUUUUAGUGAAUAGAGGUUGGUUUCGUACUUCUAUAACAGCUCACUGGGAUGAUAUUGGCAUUCCCGUCGGCAGCAUUGUAGAAGCUAGGGAUAUUUGGGAGCAUAAAACUCUUAAGCAGAAGUUUGUGCAGAACCUGACAGCAACCAUCGACUCUCAUGCAAGCAGGAUGUAUGUAUUGAAACCAGUUGCCUGAGUUCCUAACAGGGCCGUAGCAAGGGGAGGGCAGCUGGGGCUACCCUGGGCCCCUUGUUAAAAAGCUCAUCUUCAAUACAGAAUACAAUACAACGCCCCAGAAAAAUAUACUUCGUACUAAAUAAUACUAUGAUUUUUUUUUUUUUAAAAAAAACAAGAAGUGUGUAAUAUACAACACUACAAUAGUACCUUAGAAUUUCAAAAUAUCAAAUGACAUUUUUGGGUUAUUUCUUCCCUAAUUUUUUUGCCCAAAUUAUUCACUUCCUAAGUGAAUUUGAUUAACAAAAAAUAAAUAUAUCAUUAAUUUUAAUUGUAUCCUCGUUAUUGGUAAUUUUAUUUUUCAAAAUGUAUCUCAUUACAAUUUUCA